UUAACUGAAAAUUAUCAAUGUCAAGAAAGAGCUUCUUUUUCAGAAAAAAUUAUCUUAAAAAGAAGGAAAAAGAUGUUUUGAAAUUAAAAUUAAAUAAAAAUACCUCAGAUCAUGAGAACCUACGUCAAAGUAGCAAAGGAACCUCCACUCAAACUACAUUGAGUAGUUUUUUCAAGCCAUUUGAACAAGCACCAAAUGAAAAUAGUCAAAACUCUACAAAAAUUGACAAUAAACUUGAUUCCAAAACAAAUUCUCAGGAGAAUGUAAGAUCAAAUGUUGGCUCACAGAAGCAACCAAUUAACUUGGAUCCAGUUGAAAAGGAAUCGACAGAAUUUUCAAGAGGUAUUAAUGAUGAGAGCAGCAGUAAUUUCAAAAACCGUAAUAAAGAUUCAUAUGUUUCGAGCGAUUGCCUGUUGAAAAAUAAUAAUUUCAGCUCCUUUGUUGAUAAUAACACGAAUGACAAAGAUUCUUUUCAAACUGAUAUUAUCGAUCUAGUUGAAAGUUCAUUGACUGGUAUUCUAAAUGAAACUAAUGGAACUCCAAUGAAAAAACAUCUUAGUCUUAAUGACUUCAAGUUUGAAAAAGAAAAGAUAAUUAAUACUCAUGAGAAGGACAAGAAUACAAAUUAUUCUUCAAAAUCAUUAAAAAGAAAUUUAGAGGACCUGGAAACUCCCUUUAACAGAAAAUUUUCAAAUACAAAGAAAAUAAAACUUGACAGCAAAAAAGUAAAACUAACACCACUAGAACAACAAUAUGUCGACUUGAAGCUCAAAAAUUUAGAUAAAAUUUUAAUGAUUCAAUCAGGUUAUAAAUAUAUUUUUUAUGCAAGUGAUGCUGUCAUUGCCUCCGAAACUCUUCAUAUAAUGUUGAUGGCUGGAAAAUUAUCAAUUGAUUUUAAUAAUCCAAAUCAAAAUGAUUAUAAAUAUGAUAAAUUGGCUCAUUCUUCAAUACCAAUUGAAAGAUUGCAUAUUCAUAUCAAACGUUUGAUAUCUCAUGGUUUCAAAGUAGGCGUGGUUGAACAAAUUGAGAGUUCCAAUGUUAAAAAGUUGAAUAAUGAUAGAAAACUAUUUAAAAGAGACUUGACACAAGUUUAUACUAGUGCAACAUACAUUGAAGAUUACUCUAAUGACGAUGUUCAAUUAAGUCGAAAAAACAAUUAUGUUAUUUGUUUAAUUGAAACUUCUACAAAAGAAAAUAAUAAAACAACUUUAACAUCUUUAGUGGCUGUUCAACCUUCUACAGGUGAAAUAAUAUAUGACCAAUUUGAAGACUCUUUUUUAAGAAGUGAACUUGAAUCACGUCUAUUAUAUUUUAACUCAAACGAAUUUGUUCUUAUAAAUGGACUUUUGACUAAAACCUCAAAGGAGAUAUUUAAAAAAAAAUUUAAUUCUUCUAUUGAUGAUAACAUUAAAGUUAAAAAAUACGAUAAUAUAAUUUAUGAAAAUUACUAUAAGCAUGAAAUUGUUGGAUAUAUCAAUGAACUAAAUCUACCAAAUGCAGAUGAGCUAAGGGAUUUUGUAUUAUCAUUGGACCCAAAUGUUUAUAAAUGUAUUUAUCACUUAAUUGAGUAUUUAAAGGAAUUCAAUUUAGAUAAUAUAUUUCAAAUAAUUUCAAAUUAUAGCUCAUUUCAAGAUUUGAAUCAUAUGGUUUUGGGUUCGCAAACAAUUAAAAAUCUUGAAAUUUUUCAAAAUUCUACAAAUUUGGAUGAAGAAGGCUCACUUUUAUGGUUAUUAGAUAAUACUUGUACCAAAAAUGGUUAUAGGCUAUUGAAAUCAUGGAUUCUAAAACCUUUGACAAAUAAAGUAGAGAUUGAGAAACGAUUGAAUUCGGUAGAGGAUUUGGUUGAAAAUUUCAAGUUUUCGGCUUCACCAGAUGAUAAUAAAAAAUCAUCGUUUUAUUUUUUGGAGAUUUUAGUGAAAUUUCUUAAAAAGUCUAAUAAGGAUUUGGAGAAAAGUAUUAUGAGAGUUCAUUAUCAAAAAUGUUCAAGAAAAGAAAUUUAUUUGUUUUUAAGGGAUUUUUGUGAAAUUGUUGAUAUCUUCUUAAAACAUUAUAAAGCUAAAAGUUUUAAAGUAUGUUUUAAGAGUGAUGGAUUGCAUAAUAUUUUUAAUCUGUUAUUUAAUACAACUAUUAAAUUGGAUCCAGUAAUUAAGACACUUUUAGAAAUGAUAAAUAUUUCAGUGGCAAUGGACGAAUCCGAUUUUGAAGUUCAAAAGUUGAAUUUUUUCAAUAGAAUUGAAACAUUACUGCAAAAUAAAAAUUUUGAGAGUCAGCAAAAUGUGGAUAGUCAUAGUUUUAUUUUCAAAAAUAACGAGUAUACACUAUUUUUGGAAACUAUUGAUGAGAUAAAGAGCAAAAUUGAUAUUAUCGAGGGCCAGUUUGAAGAUGAAUUGAAAUGCAUUAGAAGAUUGCUAAAAAGAUCAGCUUUGAAAUAUUCUACUGUUUCAAAGGAAGCUUACUUGGUUGAAGUUAGUAAUAAUGUGGCCAAAACCAUUCCAAAAGAUUGGUUGAAGAUUUCUAAAACAAAAAAGUUUUCUAGGUUUCGAACUCCCAAUUGUACUGAUCUUCUCAAACAGAAAAAUGUACUUCAUGAAAAGUUGGUUUUGGAAAACGAAAGGUUUUUUAAAGAGAUAUUUUUAAGGGAAAUAGACAAAAAUCUCAUUUAUUUUAAUAAAAUUGUAAAAUAUUUGUCAAUACUUGAUUGUUUAUUGUCAUUAGCUGUUGUUUCGUCAAAAAUGGGAUAUGUUAAGCCUAAGUUUUAUGAUGAUUCAAAAACCCAGCAGAUUGAAAUAAAAGAAGGAAGAAACCCUAUAAUUGAGCAGUUUGUUUCGCAAAAUGGGUAUAUUUCCAAUGACUUUGAGAUUUCAGAUACUGAAGGAAGAAUAUCCAUUUUAACUGGUCCAAAUAUGGGAGGAAAAUCGUCGUUUGUUAAACAGCUUGCAUUGAUUGUGAUUAUGGCACAGAUCGGCUGUUAUGUUCCUGCUUAUUGUUGUUCAUUAUCAAUAUUCAAUUCAAUUCAUAUUAGAAUGGGGGCUGAGGAUAAUAUCCUUGAAAAUUAUUCAACGUUUAUGGUUGAAAUGCUGGAAGUCUCAAAUAUAAUACACAGUUGCAAUUCCAAAUCAUUGGUAAUUUUUGACGAAGUUGGUAGAGGAACAGGAACAAUUGAUGGUACUGCCAUUGCAUAUGCAAUUUUGAAUUAUUUUCUUGAUGAAGAAAUAUCAGUCAAACCGCUAAUAUUAUUUAUUACACACUUCACAUCCUUAUCAGAUUUGGAAUUGAGCAAUCCUAGAAUAGUGAGAAACUAUCAUAUGGGCUUUAUUGAAGAUAAAAAUAGUGAAAGUAAUCAAUUGGACAAGUUUCCAACAAUAACUUUUUUAUACACUCUAGUAAAAGGAAUAUCGAAAAGCUCCUAUGGUUUAAAUGCAGCAAAAUUGGCACAACUACCUGAGGAUAUUCUAGAAAAAGCAUGGGAGAUUUCCAAGCAAAUGCAAAACGACGAGAAAAAGGCCAAAGAGCGUAGCUGGUUGAUGGAAGCAAGAAGACUAAUUAUGGAUAUCGAGAACAAAAGUUUUAGUGAGUUGAAACAUCUCACGAACAGUCUCUAAAUAUAUACAAUAAGCAUCAUAAUAGAUCUUUUUGUCCACUCAUGUGGGUCAAAACAGUAUUACAUAAUUUAAGAAAUGCAG